AAGUGAUAAGAUAAAUUUCAUUUCUGCUGUAAUUCAAGAUUGUUGUUGUUAAAUAUUUCAUGUUUCCUUUGUUUAUCAUCGAUUAGACGACGUUAAUACCACAGUUAAUCCUAUUAUAUCAACACCGAAUAUUAUGUGCGUGUUGUUAAAUGUUAAAAACAGACUUUAAAAUAAAUAAUCAGUUGUAGUUUGACUUCAAGCAGCACACAGAAAUUUUUUUUCACUCAUAAAAAAUAUUAUAACAAAAAAAAAGUUAAAAAAUAUAAUAUCAACAAAAAAUGACUACGUAUAGGCCAAUCGAUUCUAAGAGGGAAGAGUUCCGGAAGUAUCUAGAAAGAGCUGGUGUGAUGGAUGCUCUCACGAAAGCACUCGUGCUUUUGUAUGAAGAACCCGACAAGCCUGAAGAUGCUUUGGACUUCAUAAGAACCAGCCUUGGAGACAAGAGGCCGAAUGCAGCGGAGAUUGAUGCCAUGAGAUUUGAACUUCAAGAGGCGCAGAACAGAGUCAAAGAGCUCGAGCGUGAAAUAGCAAUUCUAAAAGGCGAGGAACUUCCAGAUGAAAACGAAGAUGAGGCGAAAGCCUUUGAUGAAGCACCUUCUGAAGUCAAGCCCUAAAACUAUAAAUGUGAACUAACAAAACAAAAAAAAAAACCAACAAAAAAAAACCAAAAGUGCCUUGAUGCUCAA